AUGCCUACGAAGAAUGAUCUCUCUGUGGAACGCGUCAGAUGGUUCUAUAAACCAAUAACUGGCGAAAGCCCAUCCCCAAUAAUCGAACCGUUCUCUGGAUAUGAUUCUACUCGUAUUGAAAAGAAGUACCAAGCAUUUUGCGAAAACCCAAACUUGGAAGAUCUUAAGCUGGAGGUUAGGGAGGGGUUGUAUGAAAUUGACCUCUCAACGCGGCUGUGCACUCCAAUUUAUUGGAAUUGUGAUCGGAUCCCAAAAAUAUCGAGAAGUAUUGUUUGGCAGUCGGCAAUCGUUAAAAGAGGACUGUGGUUUAGAACGGACAAUUGGCAACCGAUCGACGAAGAUGAAUCCAAUGCGCUGGAAAACGUAUACAACAGAGAAAUUUUACGAUUGCAACAUCUUCCAGCAUUAAAAAAUGAAAAGAAUGAUGGUAUCCUUUUAUCGAGAGGUUAUAAUGAGCUUGCAACGACGGAGGAUCGGCCAUCUGACGUAUCCCACCUUGUCUUAAUUGCACACGGAAUUGGCCAAACUUUAGGAAGCAUCACAUGGGAUUGCAUAAGGUUACGAGAAACGUGUUCAAGGCUAAAAAAAAAGUACUUUACGAAGUACAAGGGUCGAGUUGAGUUUCUGCCUGUUGAAUGGCGUACAAACCUUCCCUUGAAUGAAGGAAUUAUACGCAGCGUCACCAUAACAGACUGUCAGCCUCUUCGAGCUUACCUCAAUAGCACUGCACUGGAUAUUAUGUACUAUACGAGCUCCAUACAACGUAUGGAGAUUAUGGGAGCUUUUCAUCAUGAGAUUGUUCGCCUUUACGGUCUCUUCCGUGCGCACAACCCCAACUUCAUAGAGCAGGGGGGCAAAGUUUCAAUUAUGGCACACUCCCUUGGUGCUGUAGUGGCCUUUGAUGUUCUUACAACAUCCACGCCUAUGUACUCCGAUAGUGCCUACAUUUGCAUGUUGCAAGAUAUGCUGGAGCUACCUGAUGACGCGCCUUUUCCUGAGAUAACGAAUCUCUUCUGCCUUGGCUCUCCUCUGGGUGUUUUCCUGGCACUACGUGGUAUUCAGCCAGCAGAUGUGCCACCGACCAAACCUCAGGCACCAAAAGAAGCGGAGACUUCCGACUCCGAUAUCGAUGAAAAUCCAGGCACCAGACACAACGAGACUCCAAAUCCCUGCUCAAAAUUUUGCGAUGAAUCCCACCUACAUAACAGCAGAGCACCGUUUCGAUUAUUUAACAUUUUUCAUCCACGUGAUCCAGUUGCAUACCGUCUGGAACCGCUCAUCUUGAGGCACUAUGCAAACAUUCAACCAGCCGUCAUUGGCAAUCCUAAGCUACUCAAAGUCCCCGAUCUGCCCAAAAACCCUCCCGUUCGACCCAUGGAGGAUUCUUUUGGAUUUAUCGAAAACCAGUUAAAUAACAAGCAGAAAGCCAAAUUGUCGAAGUCCCUCGGUCUCGCAUUGAAUGCCUUGGCGAGCUAUUUGAAGAAAAGUCACCCUCCAGGAAUUGCAAGUCUCUUCGACACGUGGGAUGACCCAGGAGAUGGGAUGAAAGUGAUGCCGUCGCCUUCCCAGCGACACCUGCGCGCACGCAUAGACUUCCAGCUUGAAGCUGAAGAACCAACAGUUCAAAAUCUACUCACCCAUGUGCUCACAUCGCAUGGUGCCUACUGGACCAACGAGGCACUGUGCCUUUUUCUUCUAUCACAGAUCUUUGGUGAAGCCCCAAACUUCACAACGUGUUAG